AUGCCCACAGGAGGUGUUCAGUACACAGCCCCUAUUUCUUACUCAGGAGUCUGGAAACCUGCAUUUUGCCAAGAAGAGAGAAUGGCUGCUGGGUGCCUGCUCCCCUGGCAACAGGAGUUAGUGACCUCCCAGGAUGUGGCCAUGGACCUCUCCCAGGAGGAAUGGGAGCUGCUGGGUGGUGCUCAGAGGAAGCUCUGCAGAGAGGUGAUGCUGGCGACCUGCAGGAGCCUGGCCUCAGUGGAUUGGGAGAUUGGACUAAAAAGCCAAGAGUCAAUUUACAAGAAGGUGGUUUUGGGGGAAGAACCAUCUGGUGGUAUGAAUAUGAUAAAGCUCUCCAGAGAAGACUGGGGAUGUAGUCACCUGGAGGAGAACCAGGAAGACCUCCAGAGGCGGUUGAGGCAAGUGGUAUACAUCCAAUUAAAGGCAUUUGCUCUACGGAAGGCUACUGCCUGGCAUGAAAUUGGGGAAAACUGUAAUCUGAGCAGAGACCUUGUUUUAUCACAGGGAGGUUCUGUAGGAAAACACUUCCAUGACUGUGGCCUAGAUAUUGAGUGUUUGGUAGCGAAUCCAUACUUAAACCAUCACCAGAUGAGAUACACAGACCACAGACUCUGUGAAAGUAAUGAAUGUGGGAAAGACCUCAGCCAAAAUUGUCCCCUUAGGCAACACAAAAGAACUGAAACGUCCACAUAUGCAGAAAGUGGGAAAUCAUUUAGUCAUGACAUAACUUUUACAAUACAUAGCAAAACUAAUGCGGUGAAGAAACCCUAUGAAUGUUUCCAGCAUGGGAAAGUGUUUAACUGGAGGCAUUCACUGAGUGAACACCAGGGAAUUCAUACAGGAGAGAGACCAUAUGAAUGUCAGGAAUGUGGGAGGACCUUUACACACCGCUCAACCCCCACUCGACAUUUGAGAACUCAUACUGGAGAGAAGCCCUAUGUGUGCAGUGAAUGUGGGAAAGCCUCCAACAGGAUUUCAUCUCUUACUCAGCAUCAGAGGAUUCACACAGGGGAAAAGCCCUAUAAAGGCAAAGACUGUGGAAAAUCCUUCUGCCAGAGUUCUUAUCUGAUCUUGCACAAGCGAACACAUACUGGUGAGAAGCCCUAUGAAUGUAAUGAAUGUGGGAAGGCCUUCAGCGACGACGGCUCAUCACUUAACCAGCAUGAGCGAACUCACACUGGCACAAACCCCUAUGAAUGCAAUCAAUGUGUAAGAGCCUUUAGCCAGAGGUCCUCCCUGCUAAGGCAUGAGAGAACUCACACUGGAGAGAAACCCUAUUGCUGUAACAAAUGUGGAAAAGCAUUCGGCCAGAGUUCUUCCCUUGUCACACACCAGAAACACACUAGUAAAAAAACAUAUAAAAUCAUUGACUGUGGGAAAGCUUUUUUUAUAAGAGCAGCCACUUUAUUGCAUUUUAGAGCUUGCUUGCUGCCCUGUACAAUACAUUUUGUUAGCACUCUGCCAAAUAAAUACAGUUAG